ACCAGCGCAACCCAACGGACGAGGGAGGAGAGGGAUGCUGCGCCUGUCGAAAUGUAUCGCGCUCCGUUUCAAUAUGUUACACAGAUGUAGGCUACAAUCUACUUGCUUAUGGUGACCUUGUUAUGAGUAUUAUUUUUGCAAUAACAUUGAAUGACGCAGCGAGAUGGUGCGGCAGUAAGGAAUAUAUAUUUAUCCUGUUGUAGCCUCCCAGGACCGUUGUGCGAUGCGUCGCUGAUUUUUUUCUGCAUACAGGCUAUCCUUGAUAGAUUCGUCGUCUUUCGUCCUUGAUACAACGUUGUCGUCGGCAGAUAAUGUUGAAUUGAGCUCAAUUAUUGGACGAACAGUAUAAAUGGUUUUGGAACAUUCCUGGAAAACAAUCAUGUAUGGAUCGAAGAACUUGUUUAUCGAUCUUAUGAAUUUCAUAUAGUAAUUCUGCGGGACUCCGUUCAAAAUUAUCUAAAAUAGCACGGGUGCAGGACAGGUGUGUCAUCAUGGAACCUACAGGCUCCACCUUGGACAUGCAGAUGAAGAGUGUUGAGAGGAGUACAGUGUUUCUCAGACAGGAACAUCUCACCCUACUGCAUGGCCUACACCUGGAGAUCCUGUCCUUGCAGAAACGAUGCACCGAGUUGACAUCUGAGCUGAAUGUGAAGCCUCCAGGCAAGAGUGAACUGGACCUGGCGGAGGAGGAAGAGCAGCUGGAGGCCCGCUGUCUGGAGGUCGAAGAUCGCCUGGCCGAGCAGCAGUGCACCUUGGGAGAGCUGCGUAAAGAGCUGAUUCACAAGGGGGCGCUGGUAGGCGCGCUGCGGGCUAACCUCAAGGACAAGGAGCGCCGCUUCCUGGACGAGCUGAAGAGCCGCAGCCACCGCUCCACGGUGCUGAACACAGAGCUGCAGAAGCAGACCGAGGCAGCAGCCUACCUCUCCUUCCAGCUGCACGCCGCCCGCCAGAAACUGCACCACCAGAGACUGCAGCAGAGGCAGCAGGCCCUCAGGGAGAACCGGGAGAAUAGGGAUCAUCAUGGGAAACCCCCUGGGCUCCAGUACAGCCAAGCAGCUGAGUGGGACACCGCCAUCUUUUCUCCAUUUUCUCCUCAGUCGCCCUCCGGUUUCUCCAAUGCCUCCAAUGCCAGCUCCACCAUAGCCUCCCCUGUGGUAAAGCCUAAACGCAGGGGCAGCAGGGCCACAUCAGGGCACCAGCUCCGGGCGGAGAGGGCCAGGGAGUGUGUCCCCCAGGAGAAGGUGAUGGGUCCCGCAGAGCCCACCGCCAUGCCUGACCCAGCGCUGUUCCUCCACCCUCACCGCAGGCACCACAGGUCCAGGGCCAGGCAUUCCCACUCCCCGGCCCACAGACAGCCUCCUCUGGUGGGGGAAAGAGGGGAGGAGGAGGGGGGUGGAGAGGGGCCAAUGGAGCCCCAGGAUGGAGCUCCUCCUAGAAUGGCAGCCACGGCCACAGCGCCACCUGCUGGCUGGUCAGAUCAAGGCUGAAUAGCUAGCCCCACUGUGACCAUCCCUAGAAAUGCAUCAUCAUCACUAGCAUCAUCAUUACUAUCAUCAUAAUAAUUGUAAUCAUCAUCCCUAUGACGGUCUGAUUUUAUUAAUACUGUAAAUUGCCCAUUGUCCUACACCUUGAUGGAAUUGAUUCUGAAAUGAAUAUAGCAUUGUUGAUUAUAAUCCUAUUAACACUAAUGACUGGUAUUUAGAUGUAUUGCUAUAAUGGACACUUUUUAUAAUUAUACAUUUUGACAUGACCUGAAUUAACUCAAACUUCCAGGUGUACGAACACCCAAAGGGGGUUGUUGUUACAAAUCACUUCACGUCAAUGUGUGGAAUCAUGUAGUUGAAUGCAUUUACACUGGCGUCGCUCUAUAUAACGUCAUUAUGGGGCCUUAUCCGAGUGUGGCGUCCUUUGUGGAGGUUAGUUUAACCUAUGGCCUGUAGCCUUAGACCACAGCACCUACUGUGCAAUUAUCUUACCCUACUGUGUCGUUUUAGGGCCAACCAUAAAUCAACACUGGGUCGCCCUUGUAGAAAAAAUGUGUCUGACCUCUGUUGCGCUGAGUCACAGUUGGGUAGCGUUUGAGCAUCUGCAUCUGUGUAUGUCCUUGCUGUGAACACGAUUGAUCUUCAGAUCUUCAUUGUUGGCCUUCACUGGCAAAGGUCCCACAGGUCCAAGAGGGGUAGUCAUGCCGUCCUAUCCCACUGAAUCUUUCUGUAUUCCAUUGGUCAUACAAUAGGUAGGCCUACAGCACACUAUAUAUGUUAUACAAUAAUUUAAAGUAACAUUAGUUCACUGGCCUGACACAAAAAUCUUAGUGGGUUUCAAAUAAAAUGUGACUCUGAACUUAAAAAAAAAACGAAAAACAUAUUAGAUCACAGGAUUACAAUCAAUCAAAUGUAUUCAUAAAGCUCUUUUUACAUCAGCCGAUGUCACAAAGUGCUACACAGAAACCCAGCCUAAAACCCCAAACAGCAAGCAAUGCAGAUGCACGGUGGCUUGGAAAAACUCCCUAGAAAGGCCGGAACCUAGGAAGAAACCUAGAGAGGAACCAGGCUCUGAGGGGUGGCCAGUCCUCUUCUGGUUGUGCCGGGUGGAGAUUAUAACAGUACAUGGCCAAGAUGUUCAAACGUUCAUAUAUGACCAGCAGGGUCAAAUAAUAAUGAUCACAGUGGUUGUAGAGGGUGCAACAGGUCAGCACCUCAGGAUUAAUAGCCGAUCGUUCAGAGUUAGAGACAACAGGUGCGGUAGAGAGAGAGAGUCGAAAACAGCAGGGUAGCACAUUCGUUGAACAGGUCAGGGUUCCAUAGUCGCAGGCAGAACAGUUGAAAAUGGAGCAGCAACACGACGAGGUGGACUGGGGACAGCAAGGAGUCAUCAGGCGAGGUAGUCCUGAGGCAUUGGCCUAGGGCUCAGGUUCUCUGAGAGAAGGGAGAAAGAGAGAGAGAAAGAAGAGAGAAAAGAGAGAGAAAGAAGAGAGAAAAGAGAGAGAGAGAACAUUGAGAGCGCAUACUUGAAUUCACCCAGGACACCGCAAAGACAGGAGAAAUACUCCAGAUAUAACCGACUGACCCCAGCCCCCCGACACAAACUAUUGCAGCAUAAUUACUGGAGGCUGAGACAGGAGGGGUCGGGAGACACUGUGGCCCCGUCCAACGAUAACCCAGACAGGGCCAACCACAGCCCCAAAACCACUAGGGGGAUAUCUUCAAACAUUGUUGAAGCUUUUAGAUGAGUUCAACUGGAGUUCCUGGGUAAAUAGGAAUAGGUUGUAAUCUAGCAGAUGCUUUGCAUAAACAGGACACUUUUGGGUGAUAAUAUAUUGGGACCAGUUUGGCCAGAUGUUUCUCUCAGGUUUUGUGAGGUGUUUGUAAUACCGUACACAGAGAAGAGUGUUUGAUUUGAUUUGAAUUCUUCUUUGUGUUUUUAUGGCUGAUUUGAUUUCACUAUUACUAGUCAAGCAAAAAGGGUUGUUAGGGCCUUCUGGCAGAUUUGUCUCAAGUCUCAGAGAGCUGAGAGGAGAAAAUGUUUCUUAAGUAAAAGGGUCAUAUUGGUUAUAUACACGGUAGAUUCCAAGCUGUGGAGGCAGCAACUGUUGAAAGUCAUUAUUUGACACAAUAGAAACAGCCAAUGACAUUGAGUUGCAAUUGGCGGACCCCAGUGGUGUAGAGACAGAAUAGCACACAAACAGAUUAAGAUGUGGGGUGUCAAUGGAUCUGAAGAUUUAGCCUAAACUAUUUGACUUUUUAUGAGCUUUUAGUUGAUGAAAUUGGUGGAUGUUACAUUCAAUGUCAGAUUCUUACAUUUUUAAACCGUUUAUCUCGGUAGGUAAUAUAUCAUAACCCUUAUAUGAAUGUACAUAUACACACAUAUAUAUAUAUAGUCUGACUAUAACUAAAUAUAACAAGGAGGUCAUUUAAAAAAAUAAUAAUUGUCAUUUAGCAGACACUUACAGUAAGUAAGUGUAUAGGUUUUCAUACUGGUCCCCCGUGGGAAUCAAACCCACAACCGUAGCGUUAGCGGCACCAUUCUUUACCAACUGAACCACACAGGAAGAGUCAUCUAUGGAGUAUUAAAUACAUGUAGUAAAAUGGAAUACUGUAAAAGGUAUUAGAAGGAUAUGUUUUAUUACAAUUGUUUAACUUAAUAUUUAAACUUAUUUAACUGAUUGUUUAUUAUAUCACAUAAUGCUAUAAAACUAUUGUUAUUUUCCGUAUUUAUCUGUCUAUAAGGCAUUUGGAGAAGGAAUUGUCAUGGAAUGCCUUUGAAUAAGUGAAGAUGGGUUGAAUUUAGUGCAGACAUUUAACAUAGUAAAAAAACAACAAUGUAAGAAGAACCUGUCUCAUUACUGAAAAGUAACCAACUGAUAAAUUGCAAUGGUUACCGUUGCUGGCAACAAUUGCUGUCAAUGCCCCUAAAAGAUGUCCCAAGUCCCAUAGGCACAACGUUCUUUCUGUGUACAAAAAAUGCAAGGAGGUUCUGCCAUGGUGGCCAGAUUAAUGGUCAAUGUAAUUUAACCCUUAGCCUGCAAGCAAGCAAUUUACCAUGACUGUGCACUAUUACCUCAGCUCCUGAGAAGACAUUCCCUAUUCAAUAGCAAAAUUACAGUAACAUGGCAAUCCUCAUUGAAAAUGUUUUUAUACAGCACAUGUGAUUCUUAGGGAACUAGAAGUUAGACUGUUAAGCUUUCGUGUAAAGCAAACAUCCUUGGAUGAUGUACUUGUGAUAUACCUGUGCUUAUAGUGGUGUAGGUACCGAUGUGGUCUGUGGCUAGAGCCAGCCAUGUCCAAAAUACUCUACAACUAAGCAAUAAGAACAGAGAAGACUGACACUUCAAAUCUUACACAUUUUGGACAUUGAAAUGUGUAAGACACGCUGUUACGAUAUUAUAUCACAGAUAGCACUAAAAACACUAUCCCUUUAUUCUUAAUUAAUCAAAAUGCUAAACAGCUUUAAUAUCCUGUUGAAUCAGAUUGUGGUGAAAGUUGUCUUAUGAUGACAAUGAUGAGCCAAAGAGGCCCAACACAGUUGUCUGGUUUUCUGUUUUAGAGUAGUCGCGCUGUGACUAUGCUGCGUAACGUUACAGCACAGCCAUGCACAAUUACAUAUAAAAAAAACGAAACGUCCCUUGAGUGCCACGGAUGAGGAAUACAAUUAUAUUUCAACUUACUCAGCCAAUUGUACGUGGGGUUGGUCAUUCAGUUGAUCAAAAUUAGUAAACCAACUUCAAAACGCAGGUCUCUGUGUGUGGCAAUCAAUAUUCGUUUGCUCGAGACCAAAGGAAUAUGCGCAAGACGGACGUACAUGCACGAGAUGAAUGAAUACUAACCGAAGUAUUGCAGGUGUUUACAUGGAUUUGCGAAUGUGCCAGGUGAUAGAAAUGGCAACGGCAGGUAAACGUUGGGUAAAUAAUACUUUCCUGUGGAUGUUCUGAAGGACCAACCUCACAACAGGUAGAGUAAGUUCAAAAGUAAUUUUAUUGAAGAUUCUGGCUUGUAAGGAAACUUUGUUUCAGACUGUAUACCAAUAAUUCAUAUCAGUCUGAUUUAUUAGGCAAGCCUUAGUGUUGAGUUCUGUCAAUGUUAUCCUCUUUCUGGAUACCAAGGGAGGAUGAAUGAUAAAAGCAUUUUGUUGAUUAUUCAUAGAAAACUCAUAUCUUCCCAUCCUGCUCUCCUUCCUUCCUUCUGAUUCUUUGAGGAGGUGUCAAGGAGAACAGACACAAGGAAUCAAGUAAAGACUUUUGAGCUACUAUAUCACUUCUAUCUUCUUUCUGGUUUCCAAUUCCACAUUCCCUCAAAUGUUUCUCUAUACAUUUACUCACUAGCAUGAAGAAAAUUAGGACGAGGGAGACAUUUGAAUACAUUUCUCCUGCAGAGAAUGUCUUCCAUUUUGAUGAGCCAUUUUUGUUGUUGUUUUUGUCAUUGACGCCCAGAGGUCAAUACCGACAAAGUCAGAGAUCACUGAGGUAAAUCCGCAACAUUAUUUCAUACUAGUGGGUGUCACCAUUACCUCAUCGAGUCCGACUCAUGUCCGCGACAUGGGCAUUUUAAUAAGUAUUUGGUUCUAAUCUUGUUUGAUAUUUUUGGUCUUUUCAAGCAAUAAAAAGGCACCACUUCAUACGUCCCCUCUGGCAUACAACAUAAUGUGCCAUGAGACACUCUGAAGGCUCCUCCUCUCAAGACCCCGAGGUGUGCUUUGUCAUAUGGUCCCUUGCUGAGCACCCCCCAACCUCCGUCUCUACCGCACUACUGUGUUAGCUUACUGUAGAGCAUAGAGCUGUACAUGUUAUUUGAAUAAAAGUUAGGUUUG